CUCGCGAGCGGUAAUGUGUAAAACCCCGGUGUUUGUCGGGACGACCUCCUGCCACAAAUGGGCGUGACUGAAUAGAAACUACGCCCUUAGAAACCUUCCGCCCUUAUCUUUUGAAAUUACCACCGAUAAAGACGUGGCAUAUCAGCGCGGCGGCAACCUGGGUUUCAGGGUCACGUGAUCAUCGGUGGGUUCCUCUCUCCACCUCCUCCUCCAGCAGGAGAAUUUACUAUCUGAAGAUACCCAGGAAAACGUUACCUCCCUGUCGUUUGUCAUGUCCAAGGCCAUUCAUCAGAGGUGAGAUGGAGAUCCUUUGUCCCUAAUCUUAUUCUAGAAUGAUGUCACAAGAUCAUCAGCAACCGGGAGAUGGAGAGGAGGCUGGUGAAGAUGAAGAAGAAGAAGGAGAUAUGGAAGCCCGCACAGCAGUUGCAGCUCUGUUGGCUCUCACACUGCCGACAGAUUACACUUACUCAGAGUAUGAAGAUAAUUACCUUAUGGAUUCAAGUGAAACUGACUAUAUAAGCAAAGACUUAACCACCAAGUGCGUCCCAGAGUACGAUGAGGAGGAUGAUAUUGAGUCGUCUAGAGUCGAGAUGGUUCAGGCGAAUGAGUCCGAUUUGCCAGUGUCUGAGUUGAAGGAGGCCAAUGUAUUAGAGUCCUAUGAAUCUCUAGAAUGUCAAGAGACUGAUGAGGGAUUGGCCCAGUUAAGGGCUUUUGUUCAGGUGACUGAAGGAAAAAAUGAAAAGAGUGACAAGGGAAGCCUCCCACAAAGUGAUAGUCAGCAUCAUCAGAAGGAGAAUGAAAGCCAACAUUGUUCUCAAGAAUCAUUAAAAAAUGUCAGUGAAGAUAAACUAUCCUUAGUGCAAACUUGUGAAACUCAAGUCACUGGAGUGGUUUCACCUGAUCUCAAAGCAAAUGUAAAUGACAAAAGUGCUCGGAAAGAAUUACCCAUUUUGGCAAAGAAAAUGGCGACAGGAAGUACAUAUGAAAAACUUGUACAGUGUUCAAAAGGUAAUGUCACGUCUAAAACAGAUUUGUUUUCUGAUGGGGAUGUUGUGCGGCCAAAACCUACCCAAAGCACGCCAGGCAGAGGUAGCCAGGACAUGAAUAUUUUGUCACCUAGAGACCAAUCAUCACCUGAAAAAUAUAGACCUUUAAUUGAGGGAAAGCGUAUGUCCACACUUGAAGACAGUGACACUGACUCGGACAGUGAUUCUGACAGGGAUUCUGAUUCAGAUAGCAGUGAUUCUUCAUCUUCUGGAUCAGAUGAUGCAUCUGACAGUGACAGUGAUUCUGACAGUGAUGACUCCAAGGAUGAGAACGCAGAUAAGCUUGGGAGUGUUUCCCCCACUCUGCCCAAAACUCAUGACAAGAGUGCACCUUUACAAGUGAGUGGGGGAAAUAGUACUCAACCCAAAAGUGCAAGUGUCAUUUCUCCAUUGAAAAUGAGCACAGGAAGUACCCCGACCAAAACCGUAGUUGUCGGUGCAUCUUCUAAAGCUGAGAGUGUAAGUGCUCAGGCUAAGAAUGCAAAUGCUAGCACUUCAGUGAAAGAAUUGAGUGUAAGUGCCCAUGCUAAAGUGGCAAAUAACAGUACGGUAUCAAAUACAGUUAGUGGAAAUGUUACCAAAAAUGUAAAUGCAAGUACUCCUCCAAAAUUGGUGGGCAGAACUGCUCAAGCCAAAAGUACAAGUGCUAGUGUUCAGUUGAAAGGAGCGAGUGGAGGUCCUCAGGCUAUGAGUCCUAGUGUUAGUGUUCCACUGAAAGGUAUUAGUAAUAGUGCUCAAGCCAAAACUGCAAGUGCCAGUAGUCCACUAAAGGUGAUUAGUGGAAGUGCACAGUUGAAAAUUAGUAUAAACUCUUCCAGUUCUCAAUUGAAAGCGAUGGGUUCUCAGUCUAAAAGUUUAAGCCCUGGUAUGCCUUUAAAAGGCAUGAGUGAUGGAAAGCCCCUGGAAAAGUGUAACAAUCAUGACAAAAAAGCUGUUGACGUUACGAAAUCCAAAGGGCCAAAUGAGGAAACUUCAAGUACAAGUAGUACAAAAUCUAAGAAUGUGAAAGAGAAUAUUUCAUCUGUUGUUAUCAGUAAACAGUUAACAAAAGAUGAAAGUGAGAAAACAAAGAAGGAAGGAAGUAUUGCUGUUCCUGAAAAAUCUAAGUGUGUGAGGGGGACGGAACAAGGGAAAAAACAUUUGAAGAAUAGAGACGAUAAAGUUGAAAGUUUAGGAAGUUCUAAUACUAAUCAAUUGUCUAAAGAUAAGAAUACUGACAAAAGUAAAGUGGUUCCAUCCAAGCUUGGUUCUAAAGAUUUCCCUGAAAAAAGCAAAACUAUUGAUCCAGGAAGAAGCUUAGUCCUUAGGGGGGCUGAAGAAGAGAAAUCCAGUGUUGACAAAAGGGAAAGUGGCAAUGAAAAGAAAGGGAUUCAGAAGGGUUUGGAGGUUGUAAAACCAACAAAUCACUUUGGUGAAAAGGCUGCACAUACAACAAGCCCUAAAGAUAAUAAAUUGUCCCCAAAAACCAAUAAUUUAAAAGAAGAACUUCCUAAAAUCACUGAAGUAAAAUUAAAAAUCCCCAAAAAAAGCAAAGGACAAACAAAAACCACAGGAGGAGUUGAUGCAACAGAGCAGUCUAAUAAACGUACCUCUCAAGUGUUACCUCCUCAAGUUAAGAAAAAUAGCAUUACCACCAUCACUCAGGAAGCAUCAAAGGACAAUAUCCAGAAAGUAAACCACAUAGAAAAAGAAAGAGAUGGUCUGAAGAAGAGCAAUUCUAGUGAAAAACUAGCCAUUAAGGAUAGCUGUAGUAUACAGGUAACCAGAAAUAAUGUCAGUAUGGCAGUCAGGAAGGACAUGGUCUCUGAAACAUCAGAAAGCAACUAUGAUAAAGAAGAAGACAAGUUCGAAGGUGAAAUAGAUGAUAUGUUCCCCAUGCCUAUCCAAGCAGAGGUAGUUAUGUCAGAAGGAAGUGAAAGUGGCAUUGAAUACGGCGACUAUGACAGGGCCAUAACAGAAAAUGACAGCAGCCAUUGGUUUAAGAGUGGCGAGUUGUUGCAUCAGUCUGACAAAGAAAACAGUGAGCUUGUGGCCUACCUGCAGAGCUUUGUUAAUGGAGGAGGUGAAGGAGAAGUAGUAGAAUAUCCCCCACCAAAUAAUGAAUUGCCUGCAGAAGGGACUGAUCUUACCCAGUGGCAACUUGAUGGGGUACAUUUGCCUCCAUUUACUCCAAAUGUUGCACCUCCUUCUUGGUUACGCCUGACUAUACCAGCAGAGGGCUACAGAUGUCAUUCAUGUGGUGACACAUUCUUCAUAGAGAGCUCCCUGGUACAGCACCGGGAGCGCCGCAGUGUGUGGAUCAACUUGGAGUGUGGACCCUGUGAUGCUAAAUUGACUUUCUACAAUCGUUGUGCUCUGAAAGGUGACAUCCCCCACCCAUUAUCAGGGAGCACAGAAAACAACCUGGCAGAUCACUUACGUAUGCAUCUGUUACAUGGUGAAGAAGUGGAUGAAGAAACAGUUGAUGUGAGGUCCCUUCCUCUUCAACUAACUCGACUUUUGCAGCCCAUUUUAGUUCCAGUUCCGCAGUCUUUAAGGGCUGGGAACACAAGAUGCCCUUCUGCAAAGACUCAUGGGAGUGUGACAAAAUUACCAACCUUGAAGCCAAUUGGUAAAGGUGCAGCAAGACUUAUGAAUGAAAAGUUUGAAGAUAAAUUUACCAGUGAUGAGUAUUAUGAUGAUGAAAUAGUCUCUUCUGAGAAGAUACCUGUUGGAAUGAAAAGGUUGUCGCCUAGAAGGCGAACUGUUAGAUGCUACUUGUGCGAGAGAAUGUUUCACAGUGUCCGGGAGCUGAUGGCUCACAUGCGCACAGAUCAGCCUUAUUCAGAUCAGCGUGUAGAAUGCAGAAAGUGUCAGUUGGUUCUUCCCAGUGUGUGUGCUGCUAAGGCACAUAUUCUUACCCAUCCACCAGCCAACACAUCAAAUGUUUCAGUAUGUCCUGAAUGUGGUAGCAGAUGUGAUGGGCCAAGAGAUUUUGUUCAUCAUUUGAAUACUUGUGGUCAUCAAUUUCGUCGCUCAGGUAUUGUGUGUACAGUCUGUCAAGUGUGCUUCUUCAAAUCACAAGAUGAUUUUCUAACUCACUGGAUAUUAGAGCAUUGUGGAAAAUCAUAUGAAUGUGUGGUUUGUCGAAAUACAUUUGAAAGCCUUGUGUUUCACAAUUGCCAAUCUCCUGGGCAACAAGUCUUGGCAACAUUCCGAUGUCUUUUGACCUGUCCACUCUGCUCCCAGUCCGUACAGCUACAUGCACAAGAGGAAAGUGAUGCGAAUGUCAAGAUUCAAGCCCACUUGUCUGAUUGUCACCCGUCCAUUAUAACUAGAGUUCACUAUGUAUAUAAGUCAAAAUUUUGCACCAAUGCAUUCCGCUCAAAAGACGAGUUGAGAGCUCACCACGAUCGAGAACACCGCCGAGAUAAUCACUAUCGCACCAAAACUUGUACACUGCAUCAUGAAGUGUUAGGGUACCAGCAUCAGUAUUUUAAUGGUCAGGAACCACGAAAUGCCUUUGUUACAUUACCAGUAGCCUUAAGUGCAGAAGAAUUACAUGAAGCACGUAUUAGAGAUGUACCAACUGUCAGUAGUGUGAUUGAUAAGACUCUGUUUCCCGAUGUACCGUCACUUGAUAGUGUAAAAUUUAGUAAAGCAGAAAAGCUAGGAAAAAUGAAAGGUUCUGGAAAGGUUUCUGGCAAAGAAGUUGAUGUGAAAGAGUUGUCACAGAGAGACAGCCCCAUAAAGAAAGAUUUUGACCAGUUAGAUAAAUUAAGACCAAAUGUAUGUUACAGAUGUGGAUAUAUGUAUACUGAUGGCAAGGAUUUUAGAAGACAUAAAAGAACUUGUGAGGGUGAGACCAGUGAACGCCAGUGUCAGGUUUGUGGUUUUACAGGUACAGGUGAAGAUUUUGCUCGUCACUGUCGUGGUCACAUCCAAGAAAACUUAAUCAUUUGUAUUUAUUGUAAUGGUACACGAUUUAGUGAUAAUGCAGACUUGGAACAACAUUUUGAGCUUCAUGUUCAUGAGCAAUUUUUGUACCCUGCUAUUUGUGCAUUCUGUUGUACCUCUUUGCCGGAUGUUCCAACAGCAUUAACACAUCUCAAUGAAGAACAUGACCCAUUUUAUGUACAGUUUGAUUCUUCAGAAUUUGAGUGCAACAGAUGUGGAAGACGCUUCCAUGGAGAAAGGGGUUUAAGUGUCCAUCUGGGUCGUUGUACCCUUGGCACAGCCACUCCCACUCCGUCAGCAACAGGUUGCCGUCAGUGUCAGGUUUGCACGAAAGCCCUUACUCCAGAAAUGUUUGGUCGUCACAUGGUGUCUCACCUUGAGGAGGGGCUUCUUGUGUGCAGUCUUUGUGAUGGACGAACUCUCCCAUCUAGCAUGGCUCUUUUACAUCACUUGGAAGAACAUGCCGCUGCUUUGGCAUAUCCCAGCUUAUGUCCCAUGUGUAACUUUGCAAUGAUUGAUACAACAUCUGCUUUGACACACAUGAAAGAAGAGCAUGGUUUUGGAAAUCUGCUCUGUGCAGACUGUGACAUGCAUUAUAAUUUUACAUAUCAGUUGCAACGUCACACAGACAUUGUUCAUAAAAUUUGCUUGUAUGCAAAGCGGCGUUAUAUUUGCUGGAUCUGUCGUGCAUAUGACCAUGUGAAGAAAGAGACCUUGAUGAAUCAUUUUCGCACUGUGCAUGGGCUUGACCGGGAACAAGUGGAUGAAAAAGUCAUGAUCAGGACACGUGGUCAGGGUACCAUGCCAACUUCACAGUUUAUCCCAACAAAGCCCCUUGGAAGUAAGGAAAUUCCAGGUUCUGUUUCACCAAGUAAGAUAGAGGGAGAUUCAGGGUUAACCAAACCUCAGAAAGAGAAGUCUAAGGCAUCUCCAAGUAAAUCUGUGGUUACAUCAGAAAUUUCUGCUCAUCAGCAAGUUAAGUCAUUCCAAGCUUCCCCUGUCAAAUUAUCUGGUGGUAUUCUUUCUAGUCCUGGAAAUAAGAUAAAAAAGAAAGAAGAUGUAAAAUUAAAAGAUAAGACUAAAGUUUUGAUAAAAAGAUUGCCAGAUUCAGUUCUAGAUGAUCAGUCAAGAUGUAAGAAAAGAAAAAUACCUUUUGAUGAAAGGAGACAGAUAAAAAAGCAUAAGAACAAAAAGAAACUCAAAGUCUAUAAAUGUAGCACUUGUGGUUUUGGUACUAAUAGCAAAGAAAAACAUGACAAUCAUAUAUUAAAGCACAGUGAAGCUCUGAGAGAGAUUGAACCUGAUGGAUAUGUAUGUACUGAGUGUGGUGCUUCCUUUGUUGUAGAGCCUUCUCUUGCCCGUCACAUGUUUUUUGCACACAAAGUUAAACUUCCUGUAACAAGUGUGGAUGAAAAUGAAAGUGUUGCCAAUUUUCAGGAGGAAGAUGUACCAGCUGUUACUGGUAGUAGUAAUGCUCAAAGUAAAGAUGUAAUACCUGUCCAAGUUUCUAGUGAUAAUGGUAAUAAAGUCUCGUCAGCAACUAAUAAGACUAUCAAAAAGGAAAGGUCGGAAAGUGGCUCAGAUAAAGUGAAUAGUACAUUAGGUCAGGAAGAAGUGAAUUCAGGGACAGUGAAACCUAAACUAGAAAGUAAGCGGAAAAAGGAAGGGAAAUGUGUUGUUAGAUCAGCUGAUUCCAAGAUGAUUGGAAUUGAAUCUAAGAAGAGGAAAAUUUCUCCUGUGGAGGAAACUCUUAAAGUUAAGGAAGAAGUAAACAUUAAGGAAGAGAAAGAGGAAAACGAAGUUCCAAUUGUAAAGGAAGAAGUUAAUGGGGAUAAUGACAUAAAAGAAGAAAAGGUGAACACAUUGGUAAAGGAUAUAGAGGUGAAAGACACCAUAGCAAAAAGAAAAGCAGCCAGAAUUACUACUCAGAAAAAAGAAAAGAAGGAAGACCUCAAAGGGGAAAGGGAAGUGACUAAAAUUAAAGUGGAAAAAGAAAAUUCAAAGAAAAGAGUAGUCAAAGAAGUGGUAAAGGAAGCAAACAAGAAGCGGUUGUUAGACGUUUCAGUAAAGAAGUGUGUCUUGAAGGGGGCUGCUAAAAAACUUGUGAAAGAUAGUACAAAACGUAAAGCAAAGGAAUUGAAAAGAAAAACGUUGAAAGUAUCCACAAAAAAAAGAAUUGGGAAGGAACUGAUGAUUGCAAAGGCUGGUGAGGAAUUGGGGGAGGUCAUAUUUGAUGAUCGAUGUGUAGUUUGCAAAGAGAAAUUUACAAAUCCUGUGGAGUUAUAUAGUCAUCUAAGAACGCAUGGUAUGGCUUUUUUGAAGCUUGGUCGGAAAGCCCGGCCCUUAGGGAUGGAGAAGUCUGGAGAUCAUUAGAGGAGUAUGAGUAUUAGCUUUUAUUUCAAAUUGCUUAGCUCUAUUCAUAAUUCUAUGGAAACUUUUUAUAUAUAUAAAAGAUAUUUGUGUUAAAUUUAUAGCCCUGUAAAAUAUUCUAUACAGUGAUCUGGAAAGAACAGUUGAUUUUUUGUAUUUAUUAUUUUGCAUUAUGAAAAUUUGGAAUGCAGGUAUUAUGUAGAGAAUAAUUUUUUUAUAUUGUAGGCAAGCCCUAGUUCAGUUUCUGUACUUGUAUAGACACUUAUUUUAGAUUUAUUUUACAACUUGUAAAUUGGACCUGUCAAGCUCUUAUUAACCAUCCAUUAGAACCCAUAGAGAUCAUCUUAACCAUCCACUUAGAAUCCAUAAGAUCUUACUAACCAUCCAUUCAGCAAGAAGUGUAUACAUGGUACAUAGUGCUAAUACAAUUUCCCUUUGCAAUAAUCCUGCAGGCAUCUAUUAUCAUAUUCUUAAAGAUUUCAAAUUUAACUCUUGCAGUUGUGUUCAGGAGGUGAAAGUCUAUUACCAAUGUGGAUUUUAUGCACUGUGUUGGUAACAAACACAAAUGAUUGCUCUCCCUUGAAAAUUUUAUUUG